AUGCCGAAGAACAAGGGUAAGGGAGGUAAGAAUCGUAAGAGGGGUAAGAACGAGGCCGACGAUGAGAAGAGGGAGCUCGUGUUCAAGGAGGACGGCCAGGAGUACGCCCAGGUGCUGCGCAUGCUCGGCAACGGCAGGUGCGAGGCCAUGUGCAUCGACGGCGUCAAGCGCCUCUGUCAUAUCCGCGGUAAGAUGCACAAGAAGGUCUGGAUCGCCGCAGGUGAUAUCAUCCUCGUCGGCCUCCGCGAUUAUCAGGAUGAUAAAGCGGAUGUAAUACUGAAAUACAUGGCUGACGAGGCUCGGUUGUUGAAGGCUUACGGUGAGCUGCCAGAGGGCACGAGGCUGAACGAGGGCAUUGCAGGCGGGCUUGACGAGGAAGAUGAUGGGCCUGCUGAUGAUUACAUCGAAUUCGAGGAUGAUGACAUCGACAAACUCUGA